AAAAGUUCCAACGCGAUUCACCCCCGGACGAGCCAACCCGCCACGUCUCGAGCAGUCAUCCUCUUUUUCUUUCCUUGGUCGAUCCCCUGCCUUCAGGCCCCCCGCUCACCCCCCCGUUGCCCAGAUGAAGAGGCUGCAGCUCCUGCGAUGGAGCAGUUCGGCCCUCCGAACGCCGCGGGCCCGGACUGGAGGCCGCCUGCAGCAACAUCUUUCGUACGGUCUUCGACACCAAUCGACGGCCGGAUCCUCGGCCCUGCCCGUCGAGAAUGAUCCAUUGGUCGACGAGCAAUUGGUGGGCUCACAUCUGCCCCCUUCCCAUCCGCAAAAACAGUCCAGACACAUCUACCCUUCUCCGCCGGUCGAGGCCGCCCGGGAGUCCGCCAAACUUGCUGCGCUCCAUGCACGACUCUACCUUCCUUCGCGAUUACCUCUCGAGACCUUAGCCCGCUCUCUCGUGGACUCGUCGGCCGAUCCCAGCCCCAACUUCAACAAUGAAUCGUUGGCCACCCUUGGCCAUGACCUCCUUACCCACUACACGUCCGAACACCUCCUUUGCACAUACCCUCGCCUUCCUCUCACGGUCAUCUUUGCCGCCAUGUAUGCAUACGUUGGUCCGAAAACGCUUGCAGCCAUGGCCAGAGAGUGGGGUGUCGAAAUGGCCGCUGUUCCGGGCGGCGAGGUGGACCCUGGUCUCCUGCAGUUCAAGCGAGUACUCCCUGGCACCGACCUGGACGCGGAGCCAAUCACCGGCACACAGAGGCCCAAUGAGCACCGGAAGUCGUGGAGAAAGUCGGUCACCUCUCGCGUGGUCUACGACAAUGAAUUCGGCGAUCCGGCUAAGAUGUCCGGCGAGGAGGCUCUGAACACCCAGGGGGUCACCGCCGAGCAGGCCAGCGCCACCUUCGUGCGGGCCGUGAUGGGCUCGAUCUACCUGCAUGCCGGCCGACCCGCGGCGAAGCGCUUCUUCGAACAACACUUCCUCUCCCGACACCUCAACAUCUCCGAAUUGUUCAACUUCUCCCAGCCAGCCCGUGACCUGUCUCGCCUGUGUGCGCGGGAAAACUUCGAACCCCCCGUGGCGAAGAUCAUCAGCGAGACUGGCCGUAAGAGCAGACACCCCGUGUUCAACGUUGGCAUCUUCUCCGGUCAGGACAAGCUGGGCGAGGGCGCUGGCGCCAGUCUACUCGAGGCUCGGUCCAGGGCUGCCGUGGCUGCUCUCAAGGGAUGGUAUCUAUAUAGCCCCUUGAACGUGCGCGUUCCCAGCUCGAUGGAAGAGGAGGGAGCCGCCCCCUGGAAGCCCGUCCACGUCGACUUGGGCGAGGUUAUUGUAUAAGAACGGAGGAAACCGGGCCCGGGUGGGUUGGCAAGAAUGAUACGUUUCAAUGUGGGGAGGAUGUCAUAUUAUUAGAUGUGGGUGUCUGUCGGCUGGAUGGCGGCAAAGAACCACAACAUAUUUGGUUUAUUUCAUAUUUACAUUUGCAAGAUCAGGUUUUGUACAGUAUGGGAAAUCUAUUCUAUUCUUACCAAUGUCUUUUUGGUU